GGCGCAGCUGGCGAAAUGGCGCUGAUGCCCCGCUGUGACCUUCCGAGCAUGGCGGCGCCACCGCGACUCCAUGUUUUCCUGGGCGGGGCUUGUGUCGCCGGGACCAAUAGGGAGGCGGUGUUGGGCGGGACCACGUGGCCCCGCGGAGCCGCCGAGGGCCGCGGCCCGCUUGGGUUCGCGGACCGGCAGCUGGGGGAGGGCGGCGUCCACGAGAGCGACAAGAUCCUCAUGGAGAAGCGCUGCUGGGACGUGGCUCUGGCGCCGCUGAAGCAGAUCCCCAUGAACCUGUUCAUCAUGUACAUGGCUGGCAACACCAUCUCCAUCUUCCCGGCCAUGAUGGUCUGCAUGAUGGGCUGGCGCCCGCUGCAGGCCCUCAUGUCCCUGUCUGCCACACUGAAGGCCCUGGAGAGCUCCAGCCGGCGGGCCCUGCAGGGUCUGGUGUUCCUGGUGGGCAACGGGCUGGGGCUGGCACUGGCCCUCUACAAGUGCCAGGCCAUGGGGCUGCUGCCCACCCGCCCUUCCGACUGGCUGGCCUUUGUCACGCCCCCACAGCGAAUGGAAUUCACUGGGGGGGGCCUGAUCUUGUGACCCCCUGCGCCACCCACCAAUAAAGGCAAUGGCAGGAUGGUGA